GUGACGAGUUUGUAUAUAAAAGUGCGAAAUCUAUAUUCCAAUCACAGUCGUCGCCACUUCGCCGAAAAAUCCACCGACAAAAUGAAAUCCUUCAUCGUAUUGACCCUAUUCGUGGCAGCGGCCGUCGCCAUCCCUUUGGCGCCCAGCUCGGACUCCAGGAACGCUGAGAUCCUCAGCUACGAGUCAGACAACAUCGGCGUCGAUGGCUACAAAUUCGCUUUCAAAACAAGUGACGGCAAAUCAGUCUCCGAAGAUGCCGUCCUCAAGAACGUUGGCCUAGAAAACGAGGCUAUUGAAGUCCGAGGCCAGUACUCCUACCCUGGUGAUGAUGGCAAGAUCUACACCAUCUACUUCUUGGCCAAUGAGUUUGGAUACCAACCCUCAGGCGACCACCUUCCCAAAUGA